UAGUAUCAAAGUUGACUUUACACUUGAAUUUCAAGCUGUUUAAUUGCCACGUUAUUAUUUGUUUAGCUCCCGGGGAAUUCAGUUCACAAAAUUUCGGUUUCAGUUUUUGGAUGUGAAAAAAUAUUGAAAAAAAUAUUAAAUCGUUUGGAAUAUAUAUCAAAAUUCGGCGUGGUAUUUUAUUAAGAUAUUUAGGAUAUACACAAGUUGAGCUGUUGACAACGAUUUGUUGUUGUUCACGAUGAGCGUUGUCAAGGGAUUGCGGCGUUGCAUCCGUGUGUGGAGGCAACGAGUCGCCAGCAAACUGCUCGAAAGUCAGUUUGGAGCGUUGAGCGUGGAACAGCGUCGAAACUAUAGAUAUGACGAUCGAUUCAAUUGGCCAACUGGUAGUCCGGGAGAUAGAAAAGUGUAUACCGAAGAGGGCUUCGAUCCUCGGUAUGACGAACGUCACUAUAAGAGCUACCAACGCACUGAAGGAUUCGGCAACAAUACUUCCGCCAAGGAUUCAGAGUCGAGACGUCGUAUAACACAGGACACGGCUGAUCAUCAGCGUCGCCAGGAGCGCAUUAUACAGGAGAAUAAAUGGAGGUGGCAAUACCGUUCGGAGCCAAAAACAACUGGACUUCGAUAUUCAUUUGAGAAGCCAAUUUAUGGAGCUGGUCCACCAAGCAAAAAGGGAGGUACCACCACGGAACCAAGGCGUAGGGGGCAAGAACAGCGCCAGAAGGAAGUGAAGCGUCAGGAGCGUGAGUUGCGUGAAUCUCGCAAGAAUUACGACCUUCCUGGCUACAAUCGGCCACUAAAGAGUGAAGCGGAUGAGGCUCCGGUUGCUGAGGAUACGCCAAGUCCCGCCAAGACCGCCAGCCAGGCGUGGCUGGAGAAGCGUGCCCGUGAGGAUGAACAGAAAUAUUGGCAUUCGUGGCACACGUGUCCGUCGGAGCGACAGAAUCCAGAAAGCGCCGAGGAUGCCAGCGAGGAGAUAAUGCAUGGCUAUGAGGGACCACGUGGCCCACGUCGCGGACUUGUGAAGCCUCCUCAGCCCUAUGAUGGCGGCGUGCGACGCUUUCAGACGCAUUCCGUUCAACUGGCCGAUCGUAAGGUGGCGCCGCCUCGUUUCAGGCCCGGAAAGAAGACCGCCUUACGGCGAAAGCCCAAUGGCAUGGAGAAGCAAUAUCGUUUGGCCCGGGACUUCACACGAGUCAACAGAUUGAGUGAUGAAAGCGAUGUAACGACCGAAGAAUUCAGCAAAUUUUUCAAGCGUCCAUCGUCAUCGCUGCUGCAGUCUCAUGUGCUAAGGUCUCCGCCAACAUUUGGGCAUAUACAGGAAGAGGAGCGACUGGAGGACAUCGAGCUGCCCAAACAGCCGCCUCGCAUGAAGCUGGCGUGGAAAGGAUUGCCUCGACCCGUCUACAAGCGGUUCGAUAGCAUCAAACGGGCCGUUGCCCGCAACAAUCAGGAUCGCCUCAAGCAGCGCCUGGAGCCGCCCCGUUUUCGUAUGACGGUCAAGUCCAAGGGUCUGAUGCGUCAGCGUACGCCCAUCGAUAGUUUCUCAAAUCAGCUGGCGGUUAACACCCGAUUUACGCCGUACAGUGAAUAUCUUGGCUAUGGACGGCAAACCGUAUGCGAUGCCUGGCACAGCUUUGCCAAUGUCCACAAUCUGAAGCCCAUCUACUGAAAAAACACAGACUCUGGGUCUUUGAACUCGGACCAGAGAAAUUGCAAAAUUUUUUUGAUACAAAUUAUUAACCCGAGGAUAAAAAGAUUCCAAUAAAUCUUUUUUUUUUUUUUUAACUUUUGAAGCAGUCAGAAGCAAAACUGGGAAGAACGCAACGUCUGUAGGAUGAAAGAGGUUUAAGCUUCUGACAGAAUAUUAAAUUUUAGAAGAAACGAGUAUAAUAAAUAAAUUAAUUAUGGUUCGGUUAA